AUCAGUGAGAUAGAGAAAGUGAGGCAGUGCGAAAGUGAAUAAGAUAUAUUAUACAGGCAGAGGGAGAGAAAAUGAGAGAAGUGAGUAAGAGUGAGAGAAUUAAGAACUGAGAAACAGACAGAGUGAAAAAGAAAACGUGAGAGAAAAACAGGGGAAGAAAGCGUAAAAGGAGUAUGAUGUGUGUGUGAGAGAGAGAGAGGGGGGUGAAGAAAGAAAGAAAGAUACACGGAGAGAAAAUUAUUUGAAGCGACACAUUUGUAGAUUUAUUUCCAUCAUGUCAGUAGUUUUAUCAAACAUGGAAGAAAUGGAGGUACUGGAUCGCGAAAGAGAGGAGACCAAUGAUGACGGCGAUGAUGACGAUGAUGAUGAUGGAAAUAAAAGUGCAAAUGAUAUGCAAAUAGAAGAUGGCGAAAAAGGCGGUAGGAAAAGUGAAAAUAAUUUAGCCGCACCCUGUUUAAAUCACAAUUUUGUCGGCGAUGAUGCAGACAAUGAUGAUGAUAAUAAUAAUGAUGAGAAAAUUCUCUACUCGCGUUGUUUCGGUCGAAGAUGCUACUUUGCCGAUCUUUUGUCUUAUUUUCGAAGUUCCUUUUCAACGUGCCGACAAAGCAUUGCUCAAUGCUCCCGUAUUCAACUGUUCAAGUGCUUCAUUGUUUCAUUCUGCUGUUUUGGAACCAACGUAAUGGUCAUUGGCUUCAUUUUUGCAUUGUCCAUCUACUACGUAGAGCUGAAGCUAGCAUUUCCUAAUGAUCUGAAAUAUGUUACGCUGGCAGUUUUCUUGCCAACAGGAGUAUUUGGCUGUGUAGGUGUUAUAUCUGGAUAUAUUGUUGGAAAAUUUGGUAUUCGAUUAGCACUGGUUGCAGGCAGCCUAUUACUCAGUUUAGGUAUUAUUGUAUGUUGUUUUGUACCCACCGUUCCAUAUAUUCUCGUCUUCUUGGGUUUCGUUUCAGGCACUGGCUGUUCCUUAAUAUACAUUUCCACAAACACAGCUUUGGCAUAUCACUUUCCAAACACUGGCCGAAUUCUAAUUUCCCUCAUAACCCUUGGUGAAAGUUUUGGAUUAAUCAUCUUCCCUUCAUUUGUAUCAUAUUUGAUAGACAUCUACUCUUGGCAAGGAAGUUUUCUUGUUCUUGGUGGGACUGUCCUUAAUUGUCUUCCUUUGGGUUUAAUAUUUUCCACAAAGACAGAAUAUUUUAAAAGCCGAAAACAGUCAAAUAAAGAAUCAAGCAAAAAUGACAUCAACAAAAAGAAACUUACCUCCAGAGAAAGCAGCCAAACUACAAUGUUGGCAACUAGUGACAGCAAUUGUAGCUGUGUGCUAGAAAGUUCAGGAACGUGUAAAGAAGACAACUGCAUACAAACAGAAGACACUCAUGAUCUGACUAUUGAAGGAAAGGAAUUAUUAUUAUGUGAGACAAAAGAAAAAGUCUAUUCCACUAUCGAAAUAAAUGGCAAAAACUAUCCAGAAGAGAUAAUUAAGAUUUCAGACAUUGAGAAAACACCGCCACUUUACAAACAGAAUGGUAACUUGAGUUCUCAAAAUUCUAUUAGCAAUUAUUCAAUCAAAAGUAACACUUCAAAAAUAUCAAAUUCUCAAACUGACAUUUCAAAAAUGCCAAAGCAAAAUAUUGUGAAAAAACUUCAGUUUCUUUUAUCAAACAAGAAUUAUGUUCUGUUUCUGUGUACUUUGUUUAUAGCUUUUGGCAAUUUGGCCACUGUAGUGACUAUAUUACCAGACUACUGCUAUUCAAUAGGGCUAUCUGUAAAACAAGCAGCAUGGAUUUUCUCAAUAGGUGCUAUUGGUGAUAUCAUCUCCCGUGUUUUGGGAUCUCUCUUUCUUUAUCUGAAGAUGCCAAGUUUGGUGAUUUUCUCAUUUGCAAUCAUCAGCUGUAGCCUCGUUAGUCUCAUUUAUCCAUUUAUAACUUCUAUUACCGCCAUAACGAUUGUAACAUUCAUAUUUAUAUUGACGUCUGGGAUAUCAUUUUCGGUUUAUACAAUCGUCGUUUUGGACUUCUUCAACUUCGAACUCUAUUCCUUAUCUACAGGAUUGUCAGAGACAGUUUCAGGAAUAGGGAUUAUUCUAAGUGGAUUUUCUAUUGGUGUUAUCACAGAACAUAACAACAAUGACUACACCAUCAGUUUUUAUAUAGUCUCCAUCUUAAACAUAGUGUCAAUGUUACCUACAAUUCUUUAUUACCUGUACAAGCGAAGAAGGACACCAGUUGAUACUCAACCGCAAUUAUAACAUGCAUACUUCAUUUGUUUGUAUAUAUUUUUGUUAUUAGUUUUGUUUUGUUAUUGAAGAAUGGUACAAAGUUUUUUCAUUGCUAACUGAAAUUGUAAAUCUAUGCAAAGGAAGAAAUUUUUAAAAGUAAAAACAAAAAAGGAAAAUAAGGAAAAUAGCAAAAUCAUUAUUAUUCAAGUAUCUGAAAGGAAAUUGAUUACUUCUGCUACAGUCUUUCAACUCAUUAACAAGUCAUGUACUGUUACCUCUUUUAACACAUUCUCUACUAAUCUCACACAAACACACAAACAUGUGUGUGUGUGUGUGUGUGACUAUACAUAUGCAUAUAUAUAUAUAUAGCAUAUACUCAUAUUAUUAUCAUACCGAGAGUUUAACUGUGGUCCCUCCAUAGCCUUGGAUCUUUUGGAUACCAAUACCUCUCAUCAUCAUCAUCAUCAUCGUCAUUUAAUGUCCGCGUAUAAAAUGUUUGUAAAGAAUUCUUGAUAUAGUCCGCUUAUCUGAAGAAAGAUUUUCUUAAAUUUAAAAACAACACCAUAAAUCUUUUGGGAAAAAAAUUUUGUAUUCUGUUUAAAUGCUUUCACUAUUUACAGUUUUUCAGCCACAAUUGUUAUGGAGUAAAUCAUAUUGACAGUGUUGUUUUAAUUUUAGUGCUAUUUCUGGUUUAGUUUCAGAUUUAGAAUCCUUAUACAGUAGUCUUCUUUUUACUUUCGUAGCUGAUCAUUCUCUUCCUUUAUUUUGAAAAACAGGAAUACUUUGAAUUUACUUAUUGCACACAUGUUUAGAUAUUCACAACAAAGAAUAUUUUGAUUUGUUGUUUAUGUACUCUCACCCAUUCAUUAUGAUCCCAUUUGGCCAAUAUAAUUUUUAUUGCAUAGUAGGUACAUGAUGCAGUAAAUUAUAUUGUUUUGCAAUUCAUGUCUGCAUUUACCUUAAAUUCCUUCCUUUUCUUGAAUUAUUUGAUUGUUCUUUGUUUAGUUAUUUUUCAUCGCUUAUGCAUGCAUACAUACAUACAGACAGACAGAUGGCAGUGCUUCAACAAAUAGAAAAGUAGUCGAUCAGCUAAGAGAGUAAAGAUAAUCUUAAACGAAAACCCAUAAAUUUUGCAAAUAGCUACCCAAAGUUUCCUGGUCAAAAUAGUAAUUUAUUUCCUCAUCAAACUGAAAGCAAGACUUACCUGCUAAAAACAACUUGCAAACAGUCUUUACAAAGAAAAAAAAAAG